CGCUUGUAGUCAAGGUACGGCUCACAUUUCCUGUUCAAGAUGGUCGUGCAAUUCAAGUGCCAUUUUCAACUUUGGAUUCACUGCGUACUACAUUUUGGUGUUUAUUUACUUUCGUUUUCUCCCUUGUAUUCUGCCUUGUAUUCUCUGGCUACUCCUACGACUUUCUUACCCUUGUACUCAACUUUGACCUUCGUCCCUCGCGGAUACAAAGCCAUCCGCCUCACGCAUUGAUACAUCCUUUUAGCUCCUUCUAACUCACACAGACUCACUCAACCCUUUCACAUUUUCCAGCGACUUCGUCUCUACUACCGCCAUGCCUUAUAACACCACUGCUAUUCCUCCUCGAAAGGAGCCUACAGGCCAGAAUCAGCUCCCUCUCUCUAGAGUUAAAAAGAUCAUCGCACAAGACCCAGAUAUCGGUCUGUGCUCUAACAAUGCAGCUUUCGUGAUUACUCUCGCUGCCGAAAUGUUUGUUCAGCAUCUUGCAGAAGAGUCACAUACCCAAGCCAAGCUAGACCGCAAACCUCGUCGAAACAUCCAAUACAAGGAUGUCGCAAGCGCUGUUGCACACCAUGACAACCUCGAGUUUCUUGAAGACGUGGUACCAAAGACUGUUCCCUACAAGAACAUCAAGGCCAAGGCCAAGGCCACGCAGGCACGUCUCCAAGGUGACAAUACCAAUCAGAAGCUUGAAUUUCCCCUGGCAAACGGCGCUGGCAAGCCUCUUGUGAACGGCAACUCCAUGGCUCAUCAUGAUAGACAGGAUGACCCGAACUCGCAGCUGGAGUUGGAGUUCAGACAGGCUUCUGGUGCGAAUCGAGAUGGAGAUGUAGCAAUGACUGGCUAGUUGUAGUAUUGCUCACUUGCUAGGCGGCUUAUGGUAAAAAGAGGCGUUUUCAGGGUUGACCGUUAGUCCGCUGAAUUAGGAAACGAGGGCAAAAGUGGUCUAUCAUCAUGUACAUCACAAAACAAAUUACAAUCUUGAUAUUUAGCAUCAACUUCCAUUUCUUAGUAUGGGGUGAUAGCCAUAAUGCGAGAGCGAAAUAAACAUAGUAUUUUUUCUGCAACCCCCA